AACUUAAUCAGUUUAUCAAUAACUAUGACAGAAGUGUACCGCCGCAUUACGCGGACGUGUUUAUUUGCGGUGCAACUACAGGCGCGGGCGCAACCACGUUGCCGCUACUUCAGUAGGCCCGCGAGGAGCCGAUCGAACCGCGCGUCGCUAACGCGCGCAUCCAGGCAAUCUAUUCACUCGUACACAUCCCGUACUGGUUGAGCAGCAGUAGUAAAUCGCGACAUGGCGCAUAACUCUGAGCAUGGUAAACAAAGACGAAAUGACCACAUGCUAAAAAAUUUACCCACAGAAGUACUAUUGAAAGCAAGAAGUACACUGUUUUCGCUGAGUGGCGCUUUAAAAUCUAAACAAGAUCACAACACAACGACGUUGAAACAUGAAUCAAAGAACAAAAAGACCCAAAUCUUGAAAAAUAGUCGAUCAGAACCAGAAUUUAGAGAAUUACACUCUAACAGACGAAGGAGCCGCGCCGACGGUGUUGGCGCUCCUAAAGAUUAUGCAGGUGCGAGGCCGAGACCGAAAUCAGUAGGACCCAUGAAAUUAUAUGACAAUGAAGAGGAAUUCCAAGGUAUAAGUGAACAUAAAGAAACACCAUCGCGGUUGAGGCAGUUCGAUUCCACGGAAGACGUUUGUAUUCAGUCCCGACUUGUGAUACCAGUUAUUGAUAGAUUCGGUAGUCAAGAAAUACAAGACACUAGUGAAAGACCUCGAAAAAAACUCUCAUUCCGUGAACCGGAAAUAGUUCCCAGUGGUAUUCUUACAUUAGGUAGAUCAAACAAACAUAUGGGUGUCAAUAGUUUAGCUCGCAAAUCCAACAGAUUAUCUUUGCGUGCUGAAGUGCAUUCUUCAAGCUUGAAUGGUCUUGAUUCUGAUUUGGAGAGCCAAGCCAUGCGGAUCGUGCGUACCGUGGGGCAGGCGUUCGAGGUGUGCCACAAGAUGCAGAUAAACACUCCCGAGCAGGCGGCUGCCUCCACGUCCUCCGCCGCUGAUGAUCUUGCCUACUCCGACCGCGCCAGCGAUCAACCGCCUACUAAAGAGGCGGUUUCCGAUUGCGGUGCUUCAGAGGCUAGCGUGGCGUCCACAUCGAAGGUGGAGGUCGAAGUGGUGCCGGAGGACAAGGAGAACACCAGGCCGACACACUUAGAGUUGCUCCCACCUCCUCCCAGGAAGACUGAACGUCGGACUACACCCCAGCGACCGCCGGCGCCUAAACCGGUUGCCGUGGUGAACCUGCCAUGGCCAGAUUCUGCGGAGCCGCCGUCAGCGGACCCGGCGCCGGCCGACGCGAGUACGCCACCGGCCGCGCCGCUCAGCGCGCAGCACCGAGUGCAGCUGCUGGAGGAGCGGCUCGAGAAUCAAACUCAGCAGACUCGCGCCGCCGUCGCGCAGCUUUUCCUUCUGCGCGAUCAACUCGCCGCCGAACAAUCCGCGCGAUGCGAAGCUCAAGCGCGCACACAUCAGCUCCUGGCUCACAACAAGGAGCUGCUAGAGCACAUCGCGGCGCUCGUCGCGCAUCUGCAGGAGCGCGAGCGCGGCUCCUCCAAGCCGAUCAACGCGCAGCAACUCACUCUGUUGCCGCAGAAGGGUGGUGCUGAGAAGAGAACCGCGCGCGUUUGUAACGGCAGCGCGAACAACAGCCAAACCAGCGUCGACUCGCUCAUCGAUCUAAUCAGCCACACCAAAAUUACUCAGAAUGUUGAGAACAACAACGGCACUGUCGUCACUGCCUUCAGCAGUCCGGGAUCACCACCGAGCUUCGGGAACAUGACCAACGAGCAAAUACAAAACUAUCUCAUAGCUAAAUUCCAAAACGUCAACACCGACGGCACUGGUGAUUCCCCAAUCAAUAAUAACAAUGGAACUCUCAAACACAGCCCGUUCUACCAGAAUCGUAACGCUUUUCCCAACGUCCCACCCGUCAUCGACAAUUUUAAUAACGGCGAUAUCGCGGAUUUACUUAACAUAGAGCCAUACUCCAGACACAUUGGUGAAAACAACCUGGAGCAAGCAAUGAGCGUAGGGCAGUCAGAAGUGUCACUAUACAGCGCUAGUCAAGCCACGACGUCUAAAGAUUCGACGCCUGAAGCUUGUAGUUCAGAUGACGGCGUUCCGUUUAUCAUGCCCUUGUCGCACAACGGGACGCUGACUGCCACAGGAGAAGACGGGCGCGUGAGGCUGAUCGUGCCCGUGAGCCCGUCGGGCAGCACCUCGGACGUGCCGGAGAUGCGGCCCGAGACGGCUCCCCAGGGUAACACCCUGACAGUACCCGGGGCGUCGGUCGCAUAUGCCGCUCCCAUCACUCGCUCCACCAGCGAAAAAGUACCCAAUCACAGCCAUAUGAUGACGGCGCUCCGGCAACAAUGGACCAGGCACACUACUAAGUAAAUUAACAAAAUCCUACGAACAACAAAUGUCGUAGGUAGUUUUAUAGGAUACGCAAUUGCGUCUAAACUCAUUCUAGUCAAAUUAUCGAUGAAGUAGUAACCAAAAAUAUAAUUUUAAUAAGCUGUGAUUAUUGAUAUUAGGUCUUAUACAUUCGAAUUACUGCAGAAGACAAACAAGAUAGAACAAGUUCAAACAUAAUGAUUGAGCUCUAAAUAGUAGUUUGCGUGACUGCUACAUGAUGAAAGGCAUUAAAAUAUGAGUGUGGGUUUGAAACAAACGAAGUGAGUUUCUUAAAAGGACCACACGAGUGCCUAAUUAUGCAAACACUGUUUUAUCUACACGCAUAUUAUAAACUCUCUAUCAUGUAUUCACUAACCGCAUAUUACAGCCGGCAUUGGGGCGUUGCUCCUGGCCGUUAUUUGCGGAUUUUGAAAGCAUCCUAGAGGGUUUAUGAUAUGUGUGUAGAUAAAUACACUUUUACUCUUAUUUUUGGAACACAUUUGUCUAUAAGACCAUGUCGGCUAAAAUACACAUAGCUCAGCCAAAAGAACGGGAAACUUUGUGUGGAAAUUUUCAUACAAUGUUACCAUUUUACUUUGCACCAGUGAGUAUUAAUAGGUAUUUAUUAAAAAUCUGUGACAAGUUAUUAAAAUAAUAUAAUAUAGGUACUGGUCGAACUAUUAUAAUUUAAAACGAAAGACUUCUAAAAGUUCUCUGAAAAGGAAAGACUUAGUUACUCGUACCUAUUACUUAUUAGUUUUUAUCUUCCCUAAUAAUUCAUCAUGUACAUAUUUACCUGUUUACUCUCUCGCUUAUGUUCCCCAUAUCAUCACUAUUUAUGAAAAUUAUCAAUAUACUCGUACUUACGAAUGUUGUAAUAUUUUAUAAUAUUAUUGUAUUAAAAUGUAUAUGUAUUGUUAAGUGAACAAGGUUCUCUUUGGAUUUUGAGACUUUAAUGAAGGUGCCAAAUUAUUAGUAUAUAUCACAUCGCUUAUAUUGAGCGGUAUCACACCAUUAACCUAGUAUUCUGAAGAGUUUAUUUACCUAACUACAUAUCACUUCCAUGUCCAAAUGACGUCUCCAUUAACUAAGAUCCACGGAUAACGAUCAAGAUAGAUUAUUGAAACAAUAAUUAAUUUGACCUAUAUAAGCAAACAUACCUGUAUAAAAUUCAAUGAAAAUCAUUGAUUUUAUUCUAAACAAUAUAUCAAAGAAUAUCUAAUAUCUUUAGAGUGCUACUGUGGAUCCUAGUAGCUAAGAGCAGAAUACUGUUAUUACUCGUUUUCAUAUUGUUUUGAAAUACUUGUAUUAUGUAUUAAAACGUACACGAAGUCAUGUUUAGGUAUAUUGUGUUGCCUUUGUGUCCAUAUUAGAUUAGGUACCUACUUGUAGUGAUUGUGAGGCUGAAUAAAUACAAUUAUAUCAGCAAAAUAAUCUGAAAGUUACUCUAUAAAUUUUAAAGGAUAUUUUUAGUAAAAAAUAAUAGCGUCCCUUUUCUAUAGCGGUACCUGUCAAUAUACUAAAUAUUAUUUAUAUCUACUCGGUCCAUUAGUAAGAUCUUAAAUCGCAUUUUCGAACUGAAUCGUAUGUGAGUUAUAUUUAUAAAGAAAGUAAAAUAUUUAUAUACAAAAAUGGUGCCAAAGAUCGUCCACGAUAUGCACCGUGGGCCAGAAUAACCCGACAUGAUUUAAAUUUAACCAUAUUAUUCUUCACGGUAUUGGUUAUGAUGUAAUGUUAAAUUAACAACCCAGCAACUAGUUUAGUAGCUUUUAGAGCAUCGUCUUAGUUCGCGCCAAAAACACAAUUCAUAACUGACACCUGACACUAAGUAAUACCUGUGGUGUAUGACAGUACAAUUAUUAGAUUGAACUGGCGUAGAUAUAUUAAUAAGUAAGUACUUUACUUAUUUGUUAAUUGUGGAAAGUAAACUCUAUUUUGUAAACAAAGCGGUUUUUACUCCAGUUACGAGGUUUUUACUCGUAAGGCAUCGGGUCAGAAUUUUAUGGUUUAACUAAGUUAGUCGGGUUUUUCUAUGAUACAUAGCAACAUCUAAUAUUCUUCAGAACUAGUCGACACGAUAUGAGACGACGGGUUCUUAUCUAUUUCUAAGUUAAUUUCUUGUAAACAGAUUUUUACUAUAUUGUACUUUUAGAUAAAAACUUAUAUUGUCCAAAGUUUUAAAAAUACAUAUAUGCUUUGCGCACCGAAUUUGCAAAUGGUUUUAACUCGUCGUUUAUAAGACCGUCGACUGAAACGAUAGGUAUCUAGCUGUUGUAGAGCAGCUUUGUAACAUUACUACAACAGUACGAAAACUUUAUAAAGUUGCUGGUUAAUAUCAAUAAACAGCUAUGCAUAUCAAAAACAAAAGACAUAAUUAAUACUCGACUGCUUUGCUGACACUGGACUGACUAUGUACUAAACUAACAACAUAGGUUUAGUAUAGUUGCUCUUUCCGAUGUGUUUGACGUAGAUAACUUUUAAGUAAGUUUUUAUAUGCGUAAACAAUGAAGACUGUAGUUACUCAGAGGCUACUCGCCUUAAUGCUUUAACUUGUAUUCAGUGAGGUAUAAGGCACUUAGUACUUACCUACCGAGCAGCGGUGUGUUCAUGUCGCAGUUGAAAGGGGAACACUGACACCGUUAUAGGAUUAAUCAAUUUGGUAAAUGUUAUAAGUAAUCAAUAUCGAUGCCAAUAUAUGUUGUUCUAGGACAGUAUUCCACUCGGCCUCGGCGGUGUGCUUGUUGAUAAGUUUUAUACACAUCAAAAAAUGUAAUUGUAAGAUCUCUGGAUGGCUAACCCGAACUGAACUAAAUCGGCCUCAUCUUAUACCUACCAUUAAAUAGUUGCUGUCUUUAUUGUAUUGUAAGUCAUGUAAUCAUAACUUAUUUUAAGUGAAAGAUACUAAGAAUAUCAAGGAGCAGAUUACCGAAAAGUAAAACGAGUGGACCAGGGAGAUGUUUAUGGAGUCAUAGUGUUUUAGCAAUGAUUGUUUGACGGCCAAUGUUAGCUUUAAGUGAAACGUUUCUUGUGUUUACGAUAAGCCUUACCUACUAAAUAUAAAUGUUUGUAAUUCAUUGUUGUUAAAGCAAAUUGUUCCUUUUUGAACAGAUUUUGUAUGCUUGCUAGUAGAUAUCUAAAUAACGAAAUACAAACAAAAGUUAUGCAGACUAUAGUAGUAAAAUAUAAUACUUUCGUAAAUGGCCAUAUCAAUAAAAGAUCGUUCUAGAACCUAACAACCAAUUCUGCAUUAUACCUACUACUUAGAUGUCUUGGAUCCAGCAACUUGUUGUUAGAAUCAUAGUUUUUUGUAAAUUAAUUUAAGAACUAUCAUGUUUAUCAUAGAACAGUUGUUUGAAAUUGUAGAAGAUACGAUUAAGUAGAACGGUGGAAGUGCUCCUCUGAAUAUAUCAAUAAUUUUUAAAUAUACGUAAUGUUAAAACUUGAUCAAUGUAUACCAAAUUCUAAAUAUUUUAAAUGUGAAGCUUUGGAUGCAAACCUGGAAAUAAAGAAUAAACUACUUGUUGA